UAGCCUUAGCGCUCGGUGGGCUUAUCGGCCUCCCGCAGGCCUUUCCUGUCCCCUCCCCCCACACCAGCCGCGCGACGCCGGGCCACGUGACCGCCCUCCGGAAAGGCGGGGGUGAGUGGGAACGUGCGGGGCGGGGCGCUGGAAGCGGAGGCCUUUCGUCAUCAAGGUGCGACCAGGUGGUUGCGUCGCCUAGUGUUCGUCACCGCCCCGAGGUUCCGUCCCCCGGCGAGAUGGCGGAGGUUGCGGUGCUGGCGUGGGUUCGCGGCCCCGGAACCGGGUGCAGGGCGCUGCCGUGUGCCUCGGCGAGGUGCUCCGUGCGCGAUGUUAUCUACCGACACUGCCAGGAACAGGGAGUUCCUGCGGACUGCUUCUUUGUGAAAUGCAGUGGAGUCCUCGUUGCCGCCAGCGACACGGUGCAGCAUGGGGCAGUGUACAGUUUGGAGCCCAGGCUCUGUGGGGGGAAAGGAGGUUUUGGGUCUAUGCUUCGAGCUCUUGGUGCUCAGAUAGAGAAGACAACCAAUCGAGAAGCCUGCCGGGACCUCAGUGGGAGGAGAUUACGAGAUGUCAAUCACGAGAAAGCGAUGGCCGAGUGGGUGAAGCAGCAAGCCGAGCGCGAGGCUGAGAAGGAGCAGAAGCGCCUGGAGAGGCUGCAGCGAAAGCUGGCGGAGCCCAAGCACUGCUUCAGCAGCCCCGACUACCAGAGGCAGUGCCACGAGAUGGCCGAGCGCCUGGAGGAUUCCGUCCUCAAAGGUAUGCAGGCUGCCUCCAGCAAGAUGGUGUCAGCAGAAAUCAGUGAGACUCGGAAACGGCCUAUCAAGUCAAAGACAGACCAGGGAGCUGGUGCCAAGAAAAGGAAAUGCUUUUGGUUGGGCAUGGAGGGACUGGAGGCCGCCGAGGGGUCCAGCGCUGGGAGCUCGGAUGAUGACAGUGAGGACGCCCCUGGUACUUCGGAGCGGAGCUGCUGUGCUCCAGGAAAUGGUAGUGAUGCUGUGGAGGUGGCAGCCGACUGUCCUUGCAGUCCUCAGAGCUCAGGAUUGAAUGCAGACUCCGAGUCCUCAGAAGAGCUUCAGAAAACCGUGACCGACCCUGGGCAGGACAUUUUGGAGAACACACGAACUGAGCUGGGAGAGACAUCUUCCAGGGAGCACAGCGAACGGCAGAUGGUCACAGAAACAGAAGAGACCCCAGCAAAGAAGGAGACAGAGAGUCCCAAACCCACACAAGAGGACCAAGAGACAGGAGUGAUUGGUGGGGACAGAACUGCCAUGACAGAAUCUGGAGAAGAUAGGAAAAGCAUCCCUGCUGCUGACCUGGAGAGAAGCCACUCAGGAGACACAGCUGUCGGUCGGGAAGCUGUGGACCUGCUGGCAUUCAGCUCUGCGUCGGAGUUGGAGUCGCUGGGCUUGGAGAGACUCAAGUGUGAACUGAUGGCCCUUGGACUGAAGUGUGGGGGCACCCUGCAGGAGCGCGCAGCCAGACUCUUCUCUGUCAGGGGCCUGGCAAAGGAGCACAUUGACCCAGCUCUCUUUGCCAAGCCUUCCAAAGGGAAGAAGAAAUGAAUUCCCUCAGGCUCUCAUGCUUUUGACAAUUACUCUGGCUUGAUGUGGACUUGUGGCCAGUGCUCCUGUUGAUACUAAAAGCCAGUUUUUUAAUAACUCGGUUCUAACUGGUUUCUUUUCAUUGGUACCUGGGCUUCAGGUUUUCACUGGAGGAAGAAAACUUUGUAGAGUAUUUUCCUUUCUUUUUGAUGUUUUUGAGAGAUUCACAGCCGGACAGUGGUGGCGCACGCCAGCAUUCGGGAGGCAGAGGCAGGUGGAUCUCUGUGAGUUUAAGGCCAGCCUGGUCUGCAGAGUGAGAUUCGGGACAGCUAGAGGUACACAGAGAAAAACAAAUUAAAAGUUUGGAGAGACUCGCUCUAUAGUCUGGACUGACAAGAACUUUGUAGUUCAGCUUGGUCUCAAACUUGCAGGGAUCCUCCUGCCUCAGGUAUAAGCCACUGCACCUGUUUUGUCAGAGGUUUAUACAUUUCUUUGGCUUUAUAUUGUGUCAUUUUGGUGCUGUUUUCAGGAAAUUUAUUUGUAGACACAGUUAUUCAUGACUUCUGGUAAAAACUUCUCUCUCUUCCCAAUACUGAGUGUGUGCGUGUGUGCUACCAGGGAUGGGACCUGUCUCUCCCAGGCCUCUCACACUGGGGAUUUUUAUUCCAGUGGGGGCCUGUUUGGUUUGGUUUUCAGAGAAUCGUUUUUUCGGCUUUGUGAGUUUUUCUCAGUUGUCCAUCUCCCUAGCAUUGCCCGUUUGCUCUCCUGUGUGCCUCGGGCUUUCUUCCUUCUUCAGCCCCUGGAGUGUUAGGUCACUGACUGUAGUCUCUCCCCCCCCAGUGUAUUGCCCAGUUAGCAAAUAUUUGUGUUUUCUCUAAAUGCCUUAUUGACAGUGACUAUUCAGGUCAGAAAACACCUUGCUGUGCUGUGCACGUUGAAAAGAACAAACACAAGCCUGCGGUGGUGGUGCACACCUUUAAUCCCAGCACUUGGGGGCAGAGCCAGGUGGAUCUCUGUGAGUUCGAGGCCAGCCUGGGCUACAGAUGGAGUUUCAGGACAGCCAGGGCUGCACUUACACUCAGCCGGCAGGGGAGUGUGUUCUGGAAUACCCAUUGUGUGAGUGGCUGGUAGGAUUAUUCCGAUGACCUGUCUUUGCUAGUUUGUUUUCACAAGGAACUAAGAAUAUUAAAAUCUCAGUUAUGGUUGAAAUCGCCUUUUUUGAGAUAAAAAUAACUAUUAGCAUUUGUUGAGUUGAUUAUAAAUUAAUUCAGUGGUCUUACAUGCACACAAGUUUCUGCAUUGCCUUAAAAUGUCUUGCUCUAGUUGGUUUUGGAUUUUUUUUAUUUCACCUUUGACAGUUUUCCAUGUGUAUACAAUAUAUUUUGAUCAUGCCCACCCCAUCCUACUUCUUUAAUUCUGUUUUUAUUGUAUAUUUUAAAACUGUUACUGGGUUUCACUCUUGUGGUGUAUAUUGAACAGUGUGUCACGCAGUCCCCUUCAUCUCUGGUGACAGUUUCCUGUCAUUCCACAUGUAUUUAUCUCCAGCCUUUGUCCUGUUUCCACAGCCUGUGUUUUCUGUGCAGUUCUUUUCUCCCCACUCUCUCUGUCUACACUGGGUUCCUACCCACACCAUGUAUCGUCUCUCAUUGUGUCUGUUCUGUCUUGUCAUCGUCUGGUCCCUGUCUCUGAUGACAAGUCAGUGGUGAGUCACACAAUUGUUCUAUCAUGUGUUCUUUGGGGCUGUUCUCAGACGGGCCCAGAUGUUUUCUACUCAUUUUUUACCUUGGAGUUGGAACUUUGUAAAUUUAUGCCAUUAAUUAAAUUUGGAAAAAAAUUAA